GUGCAAUGUUUUUUUUUUAUCUUUUCUUUCUAUUUCUCCAAUAUUUGAUCGUCUCUCCCAGAAAAUUGAAGCGCUCUCUCUCUCUCAAAUUUGAUGGAAACAGUCGAAGAAGCGAAGAUCAUUUCGAAAACUUUGGGGAACUUAGAUUUGAAUCAGAAAUUCAUUUCCAAGCCUACUACUUCUGAUCCCUUCGCUAAAUCUCCAUUUCUCGAUUCGAAUCAGAAAUCCAGUUUGAAGCAUACUUCUUUAUCCUCCGGAUUACCCUUUGAGAGGAAGAAAACUCCAAGUUUAGUCAGUUUAUGCGUUGGAGUUAUUGGCAAGAAUUUGGAAGAUAUAAUUCCUGAUUUGGAUGAGAUUAGUGCCAACUUUCCGUCAGAUGUGAAGCAAGCACUAGCAGCAGUUGCCCGAAGAAGGAAAUUACUGGACGACGAUGUCGUAAUCUCCCUGGCGGAUUGUUCAUGGGAAACCCUCGAUGUCUCUGGUUCAGAAGUUUCUGAUUUUGGGUUGGCAAAAGUUGCCCAGAAAUGCAAAUUUCUCAGAGCUGUGGAUAUAAGCCGAUGCAACAAGAUCACAGCUGCUGGCAUUUCUGAACUCGUCCAGCAUUGUUGCUCCUUGGAGACUCUGCGUUGCGGAGGGUGUUCAAGGAGCGACGAUACGACACGAAGAUGCUUGGACGUAUUUAAGCCGAGGCUGGACGAUAUAGAAGGGGAUUCAUGGGAGGAACUUGAUACAGCUGAGUUUGCCAAUGGAGCACAAUCUCUUCGGUGGUUGGUCUGGCCAAAGAUAGAUAAAGAUUCCUUGGAGAUGUUUUCUGCAGAAUGCCCACGCAUUACAGUAAAUCCAAAGCCAUCGCCUUUCGGUUUUAGGGGGAGUCGUGUUCCAUGGGAAGCAUGGCCAAAUAUUGCAUUGGAUGAUCAUGCCAUAGUUGAUAUCGAUCCCAAAACAUGGGCAGUAGCCAGAUCCAUAUCAAGGGCUCUAGUUUCUCCCCCAAAUCCCUCAGAGUUGUCUUUGGCUGAGAAAUUCAGACUYGCAUUCGUGGAAAGGGACACUCGGUUGGCUCCAAAACGAGCUAAAAAUGCGAGGCAACAUCAAAGGCGUGCAGAGAGGGAGUGGAUGACGACGAGUCCGAGAGCCAAGGCACUGAUCUUGGCCUCUCAAGCAAGUAAAAAUUUACAGAGUCGCACAUAGCUACUACUGUUUCUCUUUACAAUUUCAUCAUUCAGGAUGUCCAACAAGGUUUUGCUUCCUCAUCGUUUCUAUAUAACAAUGAGAUGUGAAUAGUGUACGAUACCAUAAAUUUCUGACAGUGCUAUAGCACGUGCUUUUGGGUUUCCCCUGUUGCAAGAUCGAUAAAUGUUAUGUACAAUACACAAAAAAGAAAAAGUAAUUUCAAUCCUCAAAAUUUCUUGCUCUCUUAUUGAA